AUGGUAAUCCUCGGAGUGGACUUUGACAAACAUCUGAGGUUCGACAAACACCUCAACAACUGCGCCAGCAAGGCCUCACCCAGAGUCUCUGCCCUGAGAAGGUUGAGUAGUUUCCUUGACCACAGUGGGAUCCUGACGCUCAAUAAGGCUCAGAUAAGACCUUAUUUAGAGUACUCAUCCCUGUUGUGGAUGUCCAGCGCUCCUUCCUACAUUGGAAAACUGGACAAGAUACAGAGACGAGCCCUACGACUGAUGGAUUCUGCCUCACACCCUCCCCAUGACAUCGUCACCACCGUGGACUCUCUGGAGCACCGGAGAGAUGUGGCCGUACUGACUGUGUUCCCCAAGGCCCAGGUCCAAGAGGUGCAUCACCUGGCGGGACUCAUGUUACCCCUACGAACUGCGCAGAGGAGCACUAGAACGGUGCCGUCGAGCGUCCAGCUGGUGGAAGUGCCAAGGCCACGAGCCAGUCAGCAUCAGAGGACCUUCAUGGCCAGAGUUUCACGACUGAGGAAUAUCUUCACGGCGGCCAUACCGGAUGUCGGGAAGAUGACUACCCAACAGGCCAAGAUGGCAGCUCAUAGAUGGCGAGCGACACUCCCAACUCCGCUAAUUCUUCUAUGCACCUGA